GGUGAAGUGAGGGUUGGUUGAGGUAGAUGUAGAUGUGGGAUUUAUGGUCUAUCUAGUGUCAGUGAAGUUUAGAUUAUGCUCUUCAACCACUGGGUCAAUCUGUGGCCUGUUUAUUCUUGAAUUGGGUGGCAGUGUGUCUUAGAACUGGUGAGCCUGUCAGCUAGGAGUAACUAAUUGUCCAGGGGCAAAGGGGCAAAGGCGCAAUGGGUCAACGUGGGAUGUCAGCUCGAUCGGACAGAAACCCGCCGGAAUUGGACCGACCCCCGCACGGGAUGCUGCUCCUUGCCAUGCACCCCCACGUUUCCCCGCCCCCAGUCAACCCCAUAUCUUCUACAUCGCCUGCAGGUGUCUGCACCUGUGCUGGACAAUAAUCUCACAAUGUCUGACAAGAUUGAAGUCCUCCUCUUUGGCCUCGGCGCCAUCGGCUCCUUCUACGCCUUCAUCCUGCGCAGCUGUCCCCGCGUGCAUCUGACGGUCGUCGCUCGCUCGAACUACGCGGCUGUCAAGGAGAAUGGCAUCCUGCUGAAAAGCGCCAACCACGGCGAGCACCGCUUCCACCCGGACCGCGUAAUCCGCUCGCCCUCGGAAAUCACCCCAGACUCCGCCCCAUUCGACUACGUCGUCUGCACGAACAAGGCCAUCGACGUGGACACCGUCGCCCGCGUUCUCGCGCCAGCCAUCACGGACCGCACCGCGAUCGUGAUCAUCCAGAACGGGGUAGGCAACGAAGAGCCGUUCCGGCGCUUGUAUGCCGAGAACCCGAUCAUCUCGUGCGUGACAUGGGUCGGAGCCCACCAGCCCACCCCGGGGACAACAACGCACACGACCUCCGAAGCGACGCAACUGGGGCUCUACCCGCCGACCAACCCUUCCGCAGUCCCGAGUCUCUCGACCUUCAUCGACCUCCUCAGCGCCCCGGCGAACCCGCACCCGACGCCGCUGACCCCGCUCGCGCCGGACGCCCUGCAGCGCACCCGCUGGGAGAAGCUGAUGUGGAACUGCGCCUGGAACACGCUGACCACCCUGACGGCGCAGGACUGUCAGGCCUGGCUGCGCUCCUCGGAGGAGGCGCUGCCGCUGACCAAGCGGCUGAUGGGCGAGGUGGUGCGCGUGGCGCACGCGUCCGGUGUGGCCUUGCGCGAGGCCCUGGUCGAGGAGCAGAUCGCCCGCAUGCAGGGGCUCGGGGCGGUGCGGACGAGCAUGCAGACUGAUCGGGAGUUGGGGCGGCGCAUGGAGGUGGAUGUGAUUAUUGGGACGGUGGUGGGGCGGGCGAGGAGGGUCGGGGUUGAUGUCCCUGUGCUGGAGACGGUUUAUGCGUUGAUUAGGGCGGUGGAUGGG